ACUUUGAUUUUUUUGUCUUUCCAUCUCUUGUUAACUGUACCUUUCUUUAUGAGACGAAAAGUGAAAAAUAAGGUUGAUCAACAUUUUUUUAUCGUGUUUUAAGUUUUAGCCGAAAAGUGACUGGAAAUUGGUUUAUAAAAAAAAGGUGAAGGUAAUAAGGUUGAUUUAACUUGCUCUAAUUAAUAAACUGGUAGGAAUUGUUUCUCAAAGGAAUCGAUGACCCUGUUUAUGGAUAGAAGCCAGACAAAGGAUUGCAUUGUUUUCACUCUACUCUUUACCUGCUGCUAAUGAUAAAUGUUUGGAUUCUGUACAAAGACUACUCUGGAACUUUUGGGAAUCCAACUGACUUUUCAAAGGAUUCCACAGAGAUACAUCCAUGUAUAUCCAUCACUGUUUAUUAAAUAGUGGUUAAAGAGGUUUAGCGGUUAGUUUAGCUUCUACACUCUCUGGACUUUAAGAUAAAUUAUUUGGUUCGUUAACUUUAUCUCGUUCAUCAUGUUCUGUGUCAGAAAUUUCCACAUGAGAUUAAGUAAAGCGUGAUCAAAAUCAUCAUAACUUUAGUGUCAGAAACAAAUGUAGAAAUGUAUUUUUCUAAAUACCGAGUUUUCAGAAAGCUCAUUUGCUAUUUAAGAUGAAGUUCUUAGGAAAGGAUUUAGUAUUAGCAAAAUAUCAGAAACUUCAUACAGCUGAAUUCACUUUAUGUUUUCCACUCUAUACUUUCAUUGAUUAUCUUGUUGUUAUUACUUUAACUUUGAUACACAUUAACCAUCAUCAUGAUAAUCAUGCAAAGUAUUCUGUUUAUUUUCUUUACCACUUAAACCAUGCAGCAAAAGCUUCAUGUAAAACUGGUUCAAUCCGUUUUUUUUAUUUUAUGAUUUAAUUUACUAUUUUAAUUUUAAGACUAAAAUAUCUACAUCAUAACAAAACCCGAAAAGCGUUAGUAAUUAAGGGAUAAAAGUAUCAUUGAAAUUACUAUCAAUAUUAAGUCAUGUUGAAUAAUAAUAUAAUUUAUUUGAUUGGAUUGUCACUAAAAAGCAAAAACUAGUUGAAAAUGGGAAAAUAUUUUUAUUGGAAAUACUUAUUGUCGUUACUUCUCUCUUUUUUUGUUUAAAGAUUCAAAUUGAACAACAUUUUGGACUAUCUGUGAUUAAUAAUAGAUGGUAAUUGAAAUUGUUUACAGUGAAUAAAAGGAACCCAAAAAACAACCAGAUUAACCAGAAAAGAUAUUUAAUAGACAGGUAGAAAAAGUGCGAAAGAGAGGGAGAAAAAGAAAGAACUAGUUCCUCUUGUUUUAGGAAUUGAAGAGGUUAGAAAAGGUAAAAUAGCGCAAACGAGCAAAAGAAGCUACAGAAGAACAAGAAGAACAAGAAGAUGGUGAUGAUGAAGAAGAAGUGGAAGAUAGUACAGAAAGAGGAACCUGGACUAGGUAGGAAGAAGGUAAAGGGAGGGAUUUUGAUCUGGUAAAGAGAGAAAAGGAGAGAAGAGAGAGAGAGAAGAAAAGAUUAUUGAGUUUUUUAGGAAAAGUAGCCAACUCGGCAAAAGUUAUUGAGUCUAAUAGCAUUAGUCGCAAUUGAAACUAUUUCUAUACGAAUAUAAAUACUUUAUUAACUGGUUCUUUGGUUUGUCCGAUUUGUCAUUUGGCAACUUUGGGUUUCAACCUUUGACUCAUUAUACCACAGACAUAAGGUUAACUCAUGAGUUAACCUCAAGUUUACAUCUUUUCAUUGUGAAUAUUUUCUUAUUUGACAUUUCUUCUUUGCUUCUUUACUUUUUUUCCUGAUUCAACGACUUCUGUGUUUUUGUUGUGACCUUUCCUCUCUCUUGUUUUUUUGUGAUGAUUAACUGAUUAACUGUUCUUGUUUUCUUACUACUCGUUACAAUGACGUUAAAUUUUGAUUAUAGUGGUCAACAUCAAAUGACCUGGAAAUGUUUACAAAGUGAUUAUCAAUUUUGAAUUCUUUCAUUUUUUACUGCUGUUUUGUUUUCAUCUAUUGUAAAUUCACCUGUGAAAGGAUAAUUGGUAAUUUCGUUGUUGGUAGCUCAUAAUCUAGAAGUAUCUGUCAUAUUUUAUUACACUUUAAGUACCAAGAUAGACUGAGAAACCGUUUUAAAAAUGGGUAAAGAGCGCAGCUCAAAUGAUGGUACUACUCCAAUUUGUCGAUGUCGUGUAAUGUACUUAGGCUCAUCUGUUCCCCAUGCAACGAAAGAUGGUCUUCAAGGUAUCCAAGAGCCUUUGCGUGAUUUAUAUCCUGAAAGUGGCCUUGUUGAUUAUGGGUCAGCAGGCAUUGAUUCAUGGAUAAGUGUGUGGUCCAAUGGGAUUUUAAUUGAAAAUGUUGACGAUUCAGGACGUGAGGUGAAAAGAUUUUUCCCAAUUGAAUCUUUACACUAUUGUGCAGCAGUUCGAUAUGUUGUUAUACCUUCAAUUUCAGGCCAUAAUAAUACUAAUGGAAUAAUUCCCAAUACAGUGACAUCACCAACAGUUAACUCAUCUCAACAGCCAGCUACCACAUCAUCAUCUUCCGGUAAUUCAACCGGAAUAACAUCAUCCAAUAAUAUCAAUAAUCACGUAAACUCAUCAACCUUAAAUAAUGGUGAUGGUGAUAAAAAUUAUGAUAAAGUCGCCAAAUUUCUUCCUCUUGAUAGUCCAUUUCUUCGAGGUGCUGAUAAUGGUCAUCCACCUUUAUUUGCAUGCAUUUUACGUCGUACAACCGGCAUUAAAGUUCUUGAGUGUCACGCAUUUAUUUGUAAACGUGAGCCAGCAGCUAAUGCCUUAGUUCGCUGUUGUUUCCAUGCUUAUGCUGAUUCAAUGUAUGCCAAACAAAUAGAGGAAAAUCCUUACUCUCACAUUGGAUCUGGUGUGGGUGGUGCCGGAGGUGGAAGUCAUUUGACCUCUAAAAAGUCUAGGUCUGUUUCGGCUUUAGACACAGUCGAUAAAUCAGACAAUAACUGGAACGACUCUCAACCAACUCACUUAUCUCGUGAUCUGUUAGAAGAUUUACCGCCACCUCCACCUCCUCAUCAUGGUUUAGGAACAAAUGGCCAUAUUAAUCACCAUCCGGCUCCUUCUGAAAUUGGUGCCGGUUCUACGGUUAGUCAAUCACCAGAUGAAGAUAAUUAUAAAAUAACUUGGCCUCCCGGAGGUCCACCACCCUUAUCAAGUGGACAUUAUAUUAGGGAAGGUCCUAUCAAUACCAUGAGACCUGGUCUUGUUAAACCUCGUCCCAUGAUAAUUCAUAUGGGUCCACCACCUCCAGGAGGAGGAGGUGGACAACCAAUCCAUCCAGCCAUGUUAGCCGGUAAUCAUCCUCCUCCACCACCAUUUGGUAUACCAAUUGCUCUUAGUGAUCACCCACAUGCCGAUAAAAUUCUCAAACAUUCUUUGAAAAAGAAGAAAAAGAAAUCUAAAUCUAAAAUGAUUUUAAAUGGAAGUAGUUUACUCAUUGGACCUGGUCCAGGUCCUUUUCCGGUUCCAGUUAAUUUUGUUCAAGUGCCACAAAUGUCACCUCAGGGAUCUGGUCAUCAUCAUCUUAUGCAUCAUCCACCACCUCCACCAUCACACCAACAACAUCACCCUCAUAACACUAUUUAUGGACCUUUACCGGGACCACCAACAGGUGCUCCUCCUCCUCCUCCCGGUUCAACAGCAUAUUCAGUGAGAACACGAUUAAGGCGAGGACAUUCCUCUGGUGGACCAGCACCCGGUGAAUAUCCUUUAAUGUUUGCUGGUCCCGGAGAGGAACCAAUAUACAUACCACCAAUGAGACCAUUAACACCAUUAAGCAACUAUCAUGGUCACCAUCAUUCAAUGCAUCACCAGCAACAUCACUCACAUCACCCUCAUCAUCCUCACCACCAACAAACAGAAUCUCAUUAUGUUUCAUAUCCAGUUACUUAUGGAACUACACCAAGACGAGACAAGUACCGAAGUAAAGAUAAAAUCAAUGGAAAUAGUCGAUCAGUUAUAGGUAAUAGUAGUGGACCUAAUGGCGGUGGAAACGGUGGUGGAACCACAGGAGAGGAAACUGAAAGAGAUUCAUCACCAUCAGCAGUUGGAUUAUAUAAGAGAAAGGGUCAUCUCAAUGAGCGUGCCUUUUCUUACUCAAUUAGACAAGAACAUCGAUCAAGAUCAAAUAGUGUGGCUAAUUUAACAAUUGACGAUUCUCCAGGUAGACCAAUUGCCAAUGACUCUGGAGGAUCUGGUUCAUCUGGAGGAGAGAGGGGAGAUGAUGAACAUCUUCACAAUUAUCAUCAUCAUUCUCAUCACCAUUCUAAUCGCCAUUCACAUCACCAUGAUUCUAGACACGGCUCAUCUUCUGCUUUCGGUGAAAGAGAGAGGGAACGAUCAUCAGCUCAUUCCUCUGGUAAUUUUGAUCGCCACGGGACAACAAACGGUGGACACUAUAAUGGAUCAAGAGAUAGUUUUAUUGAUUACCGGGAAGUUGGCCGAGGAAAUGAGAUGUCAUCUCUAUCAGCAUCAAUGGCUAAUUUAAAUUUUAAUGGACACACAAGUAUGGAAUCAAAAAAUGUCCCUAAAACAGCAAGUAUCAAGAGAAGCUCUAAACAACGAAAUAGCCUUGGAAGUAAAGGAAUGCCAAUAGCACCACCUUUACCUCCACCAUCAUCUCAUGCGAUGAAUGGUAAAUCAAUGGACGCUAAAUCCAUGAGGAAAUUGUGAUAAACGAAAAAAAAUAAGUUAAACCUUAAAAUUGAACAAAACACUUCGCUUGGACCAACGAUAGAACCAGUUUGUUGUUGAUGAUCAACAAAAGAUGGAUAGUUUUAUUAGUAAACCAGCAAAAAGAUAGCGAUCAAGAGAAGCAACUCACAAAACUAUUAUCGGAAAUUAUUUGCAAUUAAAAGCUGUCAAAAAUUAAUACUUACCUGUUGAAAGUUAUCAUUUAAAUGAGAUUGUAUUUUUUUUAUAUCUUUAAUAUAAUUAUUUUUAUUUUUUAUAAUCAUUUCCAAGUAAUAUUAUGAGUAUUUUGAACUACUUAUUAUUAAUGAUUAAGCAUUUAUAAUUAAUUAUUUUUCAUCUUGUCUUGAUUGAUUAUUGAUUUGAAUUAUAAUUGACCACUAUUUUAUAACCAUUUA